AUGUACGAGACAACGCUCAAGACGGCAACGGGGAAGAUCACAUUUAGCUAUGUCAUCUCGACCCCAACGCAGACGGCCGUGAAGAAAAUCCCCAAGAGCGAGCGAGGGGCCCCGACAAUCGUCUUCCUUCACCCAGUCUACAUUGGGAAGGUCAUCUACCACCCCCAAUUUUCCGACCGCCAGCUCCGCCGGUUCAACCUCGUGGCCCUCGAUCUGCGCUGCCACGCCAAAACAUCCGGCCGUGCUGGGCCUGGAUAUGGGCGUGAGGUAGCUGCGCGUGACGUUGCGCAGUUCAUGGCCUCGCUCGACAUUGCCCAGUACCAUAUCUUCGGUAUGUCGAUGGGGGGCUGCAUUGGAAUCCAGACGGCAAUUCUCUUCCCCGCCAACGUCAAGUCCGUCUUCGUUGUCUCCAGCCUGCCAUUGACGGAGCCAGAAGACGUUGCGGCGGGUCGGCAGGAGAUCUACGACUGCUGGGAGGAAGGCGCGAAGAACAACGGAGGCAAGGGCGAUUUAAAGGCGGCAGACAGCGCGAUGCGCGAUGCGUUUACUGGAGCUGCACAGUUGAGCGUGAACGGAGAGCAGAACGAUAUGUUUGAUGCAAUCCUCGCGCGCUCGAUUGAACUGCUGGGCGACAAGUGGUCCCGCGAGCGCCUUGAAGACUGGCAAGUCUGCACCGUCGACUUCUUCACGCUCCGGAAGGCCUAUACCAUCGAGGCCCUCAGCAAGAUCCAGUGCCCAAUCCGUCUCCUCCACUGCGGGGCAGACAUCGCCUACCCGCUCGAGACCACUGAGGAGGUCGCAAACCGGCUGCGCAUCGCCGGCGUGCGUGACGUCUCUGUGCAGCAAAUCGCCGGCGCGCCCCACUUUGGCGCCGUCACGCACCCGCGCGAAAUCAACGCGCUUUUCCACGCGUUCAUCCUCUCCAUCGUCCCGCCAACCAGCGUGCCCCCGAUGCCCGCGCGCGACCGCAUCCAGUCGCCGUGGCUCAACGACCUCAAGAAGUGUGGGCUGGACCCGGACAGCGAGAGCGAGGAGGAGGAGUAG